CGCAGCGGUUUCGACUGUAAACAAGUUUUUAUUUUACAAUGGGCAAGUGCGGAACGUUUUACGUGGCCAUCGUGGCUCUCCUGGCUUAUGGGGGAUAUAGGGCUUUUAAUUGUUUGACCGAGGUGUCGGAAAUACCUAAAUUGGAGGACACUUGGUGGGGACCUGGGAACCCCAAGAAUGAAGACACCUCAAUUAAACCUUUCAAAAUUAACGUACCGGAUGAAGUUCUCAAGGACUUGAAGCACCGGUUGGAAAUAGCAAAACCCUUCUUCCCCCCACUAGAAAAUAUAAAUCACGAAUAUGGAAUCAAUACGAAAUUAUUAUCGGAAAUUGUCGCUUACUGGAAAACUAAAUAUAACUGGAGGGAACGCGAAAAGUUUCUUAAUCAAUAUCCUCAAUUUACUAUCAGUGUUCAAGGUUUAAGAAUACAUUACAUACACAUUAAACCUAAAAAUGGCGGAAAUAAGAAAGUUAUACCCUUGCUUUUACUUCACGGUUGGCCCGGUUCAGUCAGAGAAUUUUACGAAGCCAUUCCCAUUCUUUCGAAACCGCAAGAUGAUUUCGUUUUCGAACUCAUCAUUCCUUCACUCCCAGGAUACGGAUUUUCUGAGGGCGCAGUUAGACCUGGUUUAGGAGCGGCACAAAUGGCUGUCCUUUUUGGUAACUUCAUGAAGCGACUUGGAUAUGAAAAAUAUUACAUUCAAGGAGGCGAUUGGGGUGCCAUCAUUGUACAACAUAUGUCUCAAUUGUAUCCGGAAAGAGUUAUUGCAGUGCAUUCCAACAUGUGCUUUGUUAAUAGCUUGCUCAGCAAUUUGAUGACCAUGGUGGGUAGUUUUUGGCCAUCAUUGAUUGCCACCGAAAAAGAAAUACCUUACGUGUAUCCUUUAUCCGAAAAAUAUAGUGGUCUGGUCUUGGAGACUGGGUACAUGCAUCUUCAAUCCACAAAACCAGACACUAUUGGGGCUGUUCUUCGUGAGUCGCCAGUCGGUUUGGCAGCCUAUAUUUUGGAAAAGUUCACAACAUGGACCAACCCCGCUUACAAGCAAUGUUUGGAUGGAGGAUUGUUGGAAAAAUUCACCUACGAAAAAUUAUUAGACAACGUUAUGAUUUAUUGGGUCACUGACUCCAUCACUACUUCAGUGAGAUUGUAUUCGGAAACAUUUAACAAGCACCACAUGUCGCUCGGAUUCGACAGGGUUCCAGUAACCGUUCCAAGUGGAUGCGCAAGAUUUACCUACGAAUUAGCUUACAUGCCAGAGAAAAUCCUAAGGACGCAUUACAAAAAAUUGGUACACGUAACCGACUAUGUUGGAGGUCACUUUGCAGCUUUUGAAGUGCCGAAUGUAUUGGCGAAUGACGUUAUUCAGUUCGUUAAAACUGUGGAAAAGUUACCAAAAGCUGAUAAAAAUGCCGAAUUGUAAAUUAAGUUGUAAUUUUGAUAUGUUUUUGUUACUAAUAAAAUUUAUAUAAUUA